UCCCACGAGGGGCACAAGGCGACGCUCUUAACCAGCAACUCCGUCACUGCAGCGUCAGGAGCUCAGCCGCAGUGCAACGACCUGGGCUUCGGAGAUAGAAGAAAACGCUCUGUGCAGGGUUGAUCUCGCCCCUGCAACCGCGCUAUCAAGUUUACCAUCGGUGGCUCCCUGAAAUUACGUACGGACGAGGGACUGUAACGGACGAGCUAGUAGAACUUCAUCUCCUACCUGUUACCUUCAUCUUCAAGUUCGUUUUCUCCAUCAAGAUAAGAAGGCAAGUUUCGCAAGAUACACUCCAAGCACAUUGCCCUCAGAGCCUCGCCUAUCAUCGUUAACAUCUACAAGGACAAGUUUUAAGAAGACAGUUUUUCAAGCCUAUCCUUCACUCACGUUUUCUUCCACGCCUCUGCCAUCAUUAUCAACAGUUUCCCAGCCCUCAUCUUCUUCAGCUAAGUCUCCCUUCAUCUACAUCUCCCUCAUCAUCACUGUCACCAUACACUUCUGAACUCUCUACACGACGAGAGACGCAUCAUCACCACAAAAGGACAGACUCACCAUCAUCACCAUCAGCCAAACCAUCGUCACCCUCACGGUAACUAUUAACAUCAGAACUAUAUAGACGAACAUAAUACCCUUCAUCACAACUAUCUUCAUCACUACCACCAUUAAUACCUGAACCACCAUCAUCACCUCACUAACUCUUGAGCCACGUAGAACACACACCCUUCAUCACCACCAUCUUCACCACCACCAUCACUAACUUCUGGGCCACCUAAACAAGUUGCUCACUCUACCACCACCACCCCGACCUUCACCGACACCACCACCAUGACGGAGCACAAGAACUUCGACAGCCUCCUCGGCGCUAUCGGGGUCGGCCGCUGGACCUUCCUCAUGUUCGCCCCGUACUUCCUGUCCAAGGUCAGUCCCCGCGGCGUGAGGGUAAUGACCUGUCUGCUGCAGGGGCCAUGCUGCUGCCUUACUUCUCCCUCGGCGGCGUCUUCUACAACCCUGCCGUCGACCACUGGUGCCAUGUCGCCGAACUGGAGAACUCGACCUGGACGCUGGAGCAGAGACUCAACUACUCCAUCCCCUGGGAGGACAGGGGGGGUUACCUGGAGAGAUCACAAUGCCAGGUGCUGGAGCGUGACUACGAGGCCGUGGCGCACCUGCCGUGGUCACCCGAGCUGGCCACCUCGCCCGAGCAGGCCGCCGCCCUCCCCUCCCGCCCUUGCAGCCACUGGGACUACGACACCUCCACCUUCACCUCCACGGUCACGAUGGAGUGGGACUUGGUCUGUGGGCGCGCCGGCUUGAGUCCCUUCUUCCAGAGUUUCUACUUCUUCGGCACAGCUGUCGGGGAGCCGCUGAUGGGCCUCUUCGCUGACAGGUUCGGGCGUCGCUGGGUCAUCUCCGGCGCCGCCUUCCUCUUCCUCGUGACGUCGGUGUCCUCGGCCCUCGUGCCCCUCUACGCCCUCGUGCUGGCCGGCCGCUUCGUCCUCGGCGCCAUGCACGCCAUCAUCGGCCCGGCCUACAUUCAGGGGAUGGAGGCUUGCCCGGUGAAGGUACGCACGGUGUUCGGUCUGCUGGCCACCACGCCCUUCGCCCUCACCGGCAUGCUCUUCGGCACCUGGGCCUACCUCAUCAGGGACUGGCGGACGCUGCAGCUGGUGUGCGCCACGCCUUCACUCUUCCUCAUCCUUCUCAUCCCGUUCAUGGACGAGUCCCCGCGGUGGCUGACGCAGAAGGGGAGGCUGCAGGAGGCGGCCAAGACUCUCCUGAAGGGCGCUCACUGGCAGGGCGCGACGCUCCCGCCACGCUCGGAGCUGGUAACGCUGCUGGAGAAGUUCCGUCUGGAGAGCGUGGACAGCGGGCAGCAGCAGCAUCAGAUGGAGCGUGAGGAGGGGCGUGGUGCGGCCUGUUGGCGGGAGAGCACAGUGCUGGUGCGGACGCCGACGCUGCGCAGGAUCACCAUAGGACUCUUCGGCUGCUGGUUCUUUACUGGCAUCACCUACUGGGGCAUGAGUCUCUCCGGCACGACCUUCAGCUCCGACCCCUUCCUGUACAUGAUCCUGAGCUCCCUGAUGGAGAUCCCGGGCUACAGCGGCUUCACGCCCAUCGUGGCGCGAUUCGGACGCCGCUUCGUGCUGAGCUUCAACUUUGCCGUGUGCUCCUGUGCCAUCAUCACCAUCCUCAUCACGCCCUCCAGCUACACGUGGAUGAUCUUCUCCCUGGCCCUCGUCGGCAAGCUCUUCAUCACGGGCUCCUACGGGCUGCUGUACCUCGUGUCCUCGGAGCUCUUCCCCACCAGCGUACGGUCCCGCGGCCUCAACCUCUCCUCCAUGAUGGCCCGCUUCGGCUCCAUCAUGUCCCCCUUCAUCAUCAAGCUCCUGGCGUCGACCUACUGGUGGGCCCCGUCAGUGCUCUUCGGGGCCGGGGCGGGGCUGGGCUCGCUCUUCGCCCUCCUUCUGCCCGAGUCCAGCAACAAGCCCUUGGCUGACACGGUGGACCAGCUGGAGCUCAUGUACGGCUCCAGCAGCAGAACCUCCUCCUCCAGCAGCAUAGAGAAGGGCGUGGCCGUGCCCCUCACAGCCCAGGAGAAGGACGGGGAGGCGGAGGUGUGAGGAGGAGGAGAGUAAAACGUGAACUAAACCAGGUCAGAUCAGGCAUGAAACCGAUAACAGAUGGACAACCAAAACAGUGGCAACCCAGGAAUUGUUGAAGUCGGGAUAUUUGUGCAUUGAACUGAUAACGCAUGGACAACCAAAGUAACAAAGUGGCAACCCAGGAAUUGUAGUAGUCAGAGGAUAUAUCCAUAGAACUGAUAAUAUAUGGACAACCAAAGUAGCAGAGUGGCAACCUAAGAAUUUUUGUAGUCAGUAUGUAUAGAGAACCAAGUGAAGACAUAAGAUUCGAACCUUUCUCUGAUGAAGAUGGAACAAACUAACAUAAGACAGCGUUAAGUAAGACCGUUGGGAAAGGUCUUUGUCUUCCAUUUGAGUGAUAGCUGCUGCUGCUGCUGAUGAUGAUGAUGAUAAGUGUGGAGGUGUGUUACUGUCUGGAUGUCAUAGCAAGACUUAUCGGGCGUUACAGUCUUAUGAGCUUAACAAACACUCACAGGGCAUCGAGGAGUCUAUGGUAUGAGAAGAAAGAAUUUGUUUGCCUCGUGUGAUGUUAUUGAAACCCAUUGCAAGGAUACACAGCACGAACAGCCUCCCGGGGUCACACAGAACAGUCAUAGGGCCGUAUUUUAAGACACCAUCGCUUUUCACAUCAACUAUUUCUAAAGGUCAAAGAGGGGAUCAAUCUGGUUUUCAUGUGUUUUUUAAGAUUCAUGGCACAGAAGAAGGGUCAAACUACCACCAGGGUCAUAAAACUACCCCUGGAAAGGCCUACAGCUCCUACGAAAGCCAUGUCAAAUAUGUGAACUUGGGCGACGAAAUGUUUUAAAAUACGACCCAUAUAGCCUCGACGAACUGCAGUGACAUCAUAUACUACACUGUCACAUCCUCCCAAGGACACAACAAUGACACGUAACAAUCUUAGUGCCGAAAAAUGCAGCGAACCCCAACACGGCAUUGCUGUAUUCCCGCGGACACACAACACAUGCCUCCGUCACAGCCUUAGUAACACAGCAAGGACACCACAAGAGGCAUGCCACUCCCGCAGACUUAAGGAACGCAGAAACAUUGGAGGAACAUGCAACACAAUGAAGUAACACUCACCAUCGAAGUCCGUGAUGAUGAUGUCCACUAGUGUCCACAAAGUGAUGAUGCGAAACACUUUGGACACUCGCCGGUCUCCUCUUUCACGUCUCUGCAACACAAGCACAAAACCACUAUAGCAAAACAAAGAGGACGAGCAGACUGAGGAACCCCAUGAACACAAUAAAAAGAAGACAAAGGUUAAGUUGGGGGGGGGGGGGGGGCAUAUCCCAUAACUGCGCGUGACCUCAGUGCUCAUCUCCGUCUCAUUAGCCUUAAAGAAAAGCAUGAGGGAGGAAAGAGCAGAAAAAGAGUAAGGAAGAGAGACACGCCUAGGAAGAAGAUGUCGGUGUGAAUGUAAGAUCUUCCCGACUGCAACAACAAAAUCGAGAUAAAUAAAAAGGGAAAACUCUCCAAAUCGCUGUGUUGCAUCGAAGUCAAGGGUGAGACAGCGAGACGACCCAAUUAUUAAGAAACUAAGAACGGCAAAUUGGUGGAGCUCAGGGAAUAGUGAAGUGGGGCGUGGUAGCCGUGAACCAUGAGAUAAUUUUUUUUUUUGUGUGUGUGUGU